UCUGCUCCCCAAAGUCCAAGGGUGUCACAGGUUCACGGCUAGCUCACAAUGUCCAAGAAGAUCCUGAUCAGAGCUGAUCUCAUCGGCGACAAGUGCAAGAGCAAGAUCCUGGCAACUGCUGCCAAGCUCAAGGGGAUCAAGUCCAUGGACAUUGACCAGGACAAGUGCACGCUGACGGUGGUCGGCACCGUCGAUCCGGUGCGGCUCCUGCAGUGUCUCAGGAAGUCGUGCUUCGCCGCAGUUAUCAUCAGCGUCGCAGACGACAAGCCAAAGGAGCCAGAGAAGAAGAAGGACCCCUGCCAGGAGGCCUGCGAGAAGGCCUGCAAGGACAUGUGCGAGAUGGCUUGCAAGGAGGCGUGCUGCAAGAAGAUGUGCGUGAUGGUUACUUGCAACGAGGCGUGCUGCAAGAAGAAGUGCGACACGGCUACUUGCAAUGAGGCGUGCUGCAACAAGAAGUGCGACAUGGCUUGCAAUGAGGCGUGCUGCAAGAAGGUGACGGCGUCCUGCUACCCGUCCCGCUGCACGCCGGGCUGCGACUCCAGCCCCUGUGGCCUGCCCAGCUGCCGCUUCUACAUCUACGGCUGCGUCGUGCGCAAGCCGCCACUGGGACACGGCUGCAACAAGGGGAGGUCACGCGGACUCAGAGGAGAAUGCGGCAUCCAGUAGCCGUGGAUUCAUCAUCGAUCGUCCUGCAAGCUAAGAUUCUGCAGGAGCAUGUAUGGCGGUUUGCCGUGUCGUUGGAGU